UCAGACGCGACUGCCGUUAGCAUCCUCCUCCUUCCCGCCCUGCAGGACGGUGAGCUGAUCGUCGCCCAAUACUCGCCGCUCGGUCCUGCUCUCAAGGUAGCUCUUCUUCCGGCUGUCUCGUGUGUCAGAUAUGGAUCGUUUCCGGAGAUUUAUUCCCUCAUCCUCUGGCUUGUUGUCUCCCGUCUCUGUCGCUUUCUGGCCUCGCUUCAAGAGGUUGUGGAAGACUUGCCAUGCACCAACGCCUAGGCCGGCCACACCGACGAUGCCGAGCACGAUGGAUAGGAUUGUAUCGACGCACUCGGGCCGGCUGUAGGUAAACCAACCGCAUUCGUCGUCUUCCUCAUCAUCGCCCUCUGUCUCGACCUCGCUGCUCAGCAGAAAGUAUCUGGGGUCGGAAAGCUCCUGGGGACUUCGGUGGAGAAUCCGCACUUUGUGGCUCGAAUCAAGGUCGAUGAUCACGCUGCCGCUGCUCAUCCUCUCCUGCAAAUCGCUCAUCUUCGUGAUUGCGGGGAAGCUGACAAGGUUCACCCGGUCGUGGGUGCUGCCAGUAUCGAAGUCGUGAAUUGUCACAUCACACGGCGCAUCUGAGACGACGAAUGUAUCAGCACCUCUGCCACCGGUGAGCUGGUCGGUGCCUCCUCUUCCGUCGAGUGUGUCUGCUCCAUCCCCUCCAACCAAAGUGUUCCCUUGGCUGUUGCCCCGCAGAGUGUCAUCGUGUCUCGAGCCUUCGACGUGCGCGAUCACACUGCCCUCGGCCAGAGUAAUGAACUUCCUAUUUUCUGAGUCGUCACAGGCCAAGCGCACAUCUGGCAACAAACGAGUAAACAAUGUGACAAAUGAAAGAGAGCAUUUGAGGUACGCACGGAUGGAUGUAUUCACCUCCUGCUUCUGAGUAGGACAUUUGGCAACCUUCCGCUGGAUCGCCAUCUGAGCUGCCUGACGAAAUCUCGACCUGGUCAAAGGGUAUGUUGGGUGGAAGAGGCGGCAGCGUCUUUCCGUCUGACGGAUCUAGCGGACCUGCAGAAAGACACUGAGCGUGAGCAACAGGUAGACCGAUCGAUGCCAUUCUGUCCGUCUGGCGGCGCACCAUUCUCGCCGUCUGGCGGCCCACCAUUCCCGCCGUCUGGCGGCCCAUCGCCUCCACCUGAGCCUGACACGUACAAACGCAGACAAGCAUCCGGCUCUUUCCUUGCCAGCCGAUGGGAGAAGGAAGACCUGGUGGGAGGGCUGCGUCUUGCGUAGUGCUGGCAGGUUCGACUGUUGAUGGCGGAAUUGUUGUUGGCGGCAUUUCUAAAACGCAUGUAACACAUGAAGGAGCGAAGACAUGAAGAAUGUACAUAUGUCUCUGUUUCUGUGCUCACCGUAAGUAACUGUCAAGACGUUUGAAGCCACGUUUGGGUUACCGACAAGGUCCUCAAUUUUGCCUUCUGGGAGCUGCACUUGUACCCCACCCUCUGCAUCUGGCGCUACACCAAUGCUAAAGGUGUCGCUGGAGGCCCCCGUCUCAGUCACGCUGACCACGGAAGCGUUUGUGAUGGCAAAAUCACUGAGUGUCAGUGUAGAAGCCUUGAUGGGCUCGUCAAAAAUCGCUGUCACAAUGAAAGGGUCGCUCUUCACAAUGCCCUCAGAGGCCGCUGCUGCUAAGGCUGGAGUUGGCUUGAUUACAUCUGAAGAAACACAAGGUUUUACACCGUGCGGCCCUGUUCUGUGUCUAAAUGCCCACCCACCAAUCGUGACAGUCAAACGUUGGAGUCUUCGUUGAAAUGGCCGGGGGCAUUGUACAACUCCACUUUGCCAGCGGUGUGCCGCUGCUGGUUGGCUGUACAUUGGCUGUAAACAGCUGAUUGGAGAACGGUUUGCAGAGAAGUGACAGACGCCUCAGCAGUACCAGAUACAACGAUGUCAGCCGCCUCGAAAGAGGCGGAUUUGGCGGGCUCAGAGAGCGCGAUGCCUACAGUGAAGGGCAAUAAGCGAAUGCGAAGGGCGUCAGUACUAAGAGUUGGGAUCAU